AUGGCUUCUCGCCCACAAGGUGCAACGCAGGGCUAUAUCAACCCCAACUGGCCGCCUCCAGGCGAAGAUGGCGACGCAGUAAUCAUCAUUUAUGGCUACACGCCCAAAUUUGCACUCUACAUAUUCGCUCUAGUGCUGUUCUUCACUCUGGGUCUCGGUAACGGUUGGCAAGUGUCCAAGUACCGGACAUGGUACUUCAGCACGAUGCUAGUGGGAACCGUCUUCGAGAUCAUUGGCUACAUUGCCCGCGGCCUAAGCGCGAAACGUAACCCCUACAAAGUCUCCUACUUUGUAAUCCAAUACUUCUUCAUCGUCGUUGAGCCCGUCUUCUUCGCAGCAGCUAUCUACACCGUCCUCAGCAUCCUGAUCCGCGCCACGCCCGACGGCACUCGCCACGCGCCGCUGCGCCCCAAGCUCAUUCUGUGGACAUUCAUCACCUGCGACGUCAUUGCGACGGUGAUCCAGAUCCUAGGCGCCGUGCUGAUUGGCGUUGCGUACUCAAACCGACGGGAUCCAACACGCCUAAUCACACCUUCGAGCAAGGUAUUCUAUGCGUCGUUCUGGCUGGCUGUGCUGUCCAUCUAUUUGCGUAUCUGCUUCCGGCUGGCAGAGACGGCGCAAGGGCUUGCGGGAGAGCUGCAGUCGCGCGAGGUGUAUUUCGGGACGCUGUAGUUUAUGCCAGUCGUUAUUGCGCUUGCUUUGCUGGCUAUGUGGCAUCCGGGGAGGUGCAUUCGGAGAGUUCACAUGAAUAGUAAGAGUAGCAGGAAGGAUCAGCGCGAUGGCGUAAGGGUAUAGGAGAGGUUCAAGAUGCUUGCUCAGAAAGAAGGAUUGCAAGUAGAGCAAUCAAGCAUGAGGGUAUACUGUUACAGUUGAAGGUCACUACCACAUGGAAACAAUCGUUAGCGAAGCCUUGCUUAUUGCACCGUGAUGAGAGGAGCGAAACAAUGUCUGGGUUGACAUAUGCGGAUACCCAUCGGUGAUGUUUCAAUC